AUGGAGCAAAUGCUCUUGUCGCUCCUUGGAGACACUCAGUCCCCUAAGGCCGAUACAAGAAAGGCUGCAGAGCUUCAACUAAAAAGCCUGUAUACAAACGAAUCAUUCCCUAUUUCCCUCACCGCCAUUGCCUCACAUGAGUCGGUUCCCGUCAACCUUCGCCAGUCCUCCCUGUCCGUGCUCCGCACCUUCAUCGCUGCCUCCUGGUCCCCCGUCCUUGACGAAUUCAAGGGCCAGAUCCUUGUGACCGAUGAAAACAAAGCUCAGAUUCGGCGUGCUUUGCUCGAGUUGGCGACAGUCACCGAAACUCCCGAGCGCAAGGUCAAGGCCUCUGCCAGUUAUGCUGUUAGCAAGAUUGCCAGUGCGGAUUUCCCGGACGACUGGCCAGACCUGCUGCCUUCGUUGCUACACAUCAUCAAUGAUCCCGCCACCACCGAUGGUGCGCUACACGGUGCCUUGAAGGUCCUACUGGAUUUGGUCGACACGGGCUUCGGUGAAGAUCAGUUUUUCAAUGUUGCUCGCGAUCUGGUUUCGUCUCUAUUUGCCGUCGCUACUUCGGAAUCCCGCCGGCCUAUGCUGCGGGCUCUCUCGGUUGCAGUCUUCCGGUCUUGCUUUGAUACCUUGGAGAUGGUUCUGGAGCAACACAAGGUCGCAAUUAAGCAGUUUGUGGAUGAGUUGCUGGGUGGAUGGUCGCCAUUCUUUAUUGAGACCCUUAAGGCGCCACUUCCUCAGCAACCUAGUGAGGAAGAAGCCAACAAGGGGGGUGAAGUUCCCUCGCAAUGGCGUGGGGUUAUUGGUCUGAAACUUCAGAUUGUUAAGACCAUUAUGAAGAUCCGAAUGGUAUUCCCUGGACUUCUGACUGCUCAGAGCCCGAACUACUUCUCAACAGUUUGGACGGAACUCACGAAUGCAUUGCCGAUCUACCAAAACUUUUUCAUUGAAGAAGAACGUCAAGGGCGUCUGGAGGAUGUUGACGGCCUUCCCUACUCACUCGAUUUCCUUGUCCUGGAGGAAUUAGACCUCAUUCAGACUCUUUUAAAGGCUCCCCCUGUAAAGGCGGAGCUGCAACAGCAACUUCAGAAUGCGGGCGCUGCGGCAACCACAUCUGGCUGGUUGCCCGAGAUUAUGAAAUUGGCUAGCUCAUACGCCCAAAUCACCACAGAAGAGGAAGGCCUAUGGGAGAUUGACGUGAACCUGUUUUUGUCAGAGGAAACAUCUCUUACUGCUAACUACACUCCCCGCACUUGCAGUGGCGACCUGGUCAUCAAGACUGGCGAAUGGCUAAAAGGAACAACUGUGGAAGGACUUCUAAGCCACAUGAACACUGUCUUUGCGGAUGCUUCGUCUUCUUGGAAGUCCCGCGAAGCAUGCCUUUACAUUCUCAAUUGUCUGCUUCGUGACUUUUCUGAGGUAUCUCAACAAAUCUCUCCGGAAUUGGCUGCCCAAUUCAACCAGUUUGUGCACUAUGCAAUUCAGCAGGAGCAGGAGCUUUUGCGUGCACGGGGUUACCUUGUGGCUGGUGCCUUGGCUAAAGUGUCGGGCGAUGCGUUCCAGCAAACUACUACCUCAUACUUGGAGGCUACCUUGAAGGCCAUUGCUGAAGAUCCCGCUGAGGUGGUUAAGGUUGCUGGCAUCCGAGUCCUGCAGGACCUCAUGCCAUCGCUGCCCGCCUCUGCAGCACGCCCAUUCCAGACCCUCAUCAUCUCGGCCAUCUCGGAGUUUGUUUCAGCACAUGACCUGCGUGAAGAUGUCGAGAGUGACGACCUUACAAUCACUCUGGCCGAGACCCUCCGAGACACCAUCAUGACAGACCCGGCCAUCGUCCUAUCAUCGACCGCUAUUGACGUUCUGUUUAACAUUGCCAGCAGCGGAGCUGAAAAUUUCCAAUUGACUAUGACAGUUACGGAAGCCUUUGAGGACAUUGUGGAGCAAAUCGCCGAGCACGGCCCCGAGGCUUACAUGCACCUCUGCGAAAAGGUGCUGCCCUCGUUGAUGGGAGCCAUUGACGUGGGUAAUCUUACUGAGGAGAAUGCUCUGACCAACUUCGCAGCUGACCUCCUUCGGGCUCUGGCCGAACGGAGCCUGGAGCCUCUUCCUGCUGGAUUUGUCGAGACGGUGAUGCCCAAGCUCAACCGCCUACUUUUGGACUCUGAUGAGGCUGAGCUUAUCCGACCUGCGACGGAGGCUGUCCGCCAUAUUCUUGCCCACGACUUUAACCAGUUCGUCGCCUGGCGGGAUCCACAGUCCGGCAAGGAAGCGAUCGAAGUUGUGCUCGUGAUCAUUGAUCGACUACUGGGGCCGGCUGUUGACGACAACGCCGCCACCGAGGUCGGUCAGCUCGCUGCCGAGCUAGUGGAGCGGGCCGGCUCGGAGCGUCUGGGACCCUAUCUUCCCCAGCUGCUCCAAGCUGUGGCCCAGCGGCUUGCGACUGCUCAACAGGCCCAAUUUAUCCAGAGCCUCAUCCUCGUAUUUGCCCGGCUGACGCUAAUCAGCGCGCGUGAGGUUGUGGACUUCCUCGCCCAGGUCAAUCUGGGUGGCUCCAGCGGACUCGUCGUAGUCCUGAGCAAGUGGCUAGAGAACUCUGUCAACUUUGCGGGUUAUGACGAAAUCAAGCAGAACAUCUUCGCGCUAGCUCAUCUGUAUGAGCUCUCCGACCCACGAGUGUCACUGGUGCCAGUCAAGGGCGACCUGAUUGUCCAGGAUACCGGUCGCAUAAAGACCCGGUCGCAGGCACGUAACAACCCGGACCGUUUCACAACGGUUUCUGCGCCCUUGAAGAUUAUCAAGGUGCUGGUGGAAGAGUUGGCAGCAGCUUCGGGUAACAAGGAGAUCGAUGCGGCUGCGGCUCGUGCCCUUGAAGAUGCCGACAGUGAUGAUGGGGAUGAUGAGUGGGAGGAUGAGCCCGGUCAAAUCUUGGAUCUUGGCUUGGGUAUGACAAAACAGGAGUUGAUGAGCUUUGGGGAGGGCGGCUCCGAGAGUGUAUUUGGGGUGCGACGCCGUGAUGAUGAAACCCAGAGCUUCCUUGGUGACUUUUUCCGACGAGCAUCUCAGCAACCUGGAUUCCAGGAGAUUUAUGGGGCAUUGACCGCUGACGAACAGCUCAAACUGCAAAGCUUGAAUUGA